AUGCAGGUUUUUGUGAAGACGCUAAAUGGAAGAACCAUUACACUUGACUUGAGUGAUUCAGACACGAUAGAAGGUGUGAAAACAAAGAUCCAGUACAAGAAUGGUGUGCCUCUGGAUCAACUGAGGCUACUGUUUGGGGGAAGAGAACUGGAGGAAGGUUCUACAUUGUCGGACUAUAAUAUUCAGAAUGAGUCGACCCUGCACAUGGUGCUGCGCCUGCGAGGCGGCGUGAUCGAGCCCUCGCUGCGGCUACUGGCGCAGAAGUACAACUGCGACAAGCUCAUCUGCCGCAAGUGCUACGCGCGCCUCCACCCCAGGGCUACCAACUGCCGCAACAGGAUGUGCGGCCACAACGCCGACCUCCGCCCCAAGAAGAAGCUCAAGGCCUGA